CACUCCUCCCCCCACCUCUGUCUCCCCUGUGUUCCUCCCCUAACCCAAAUUCAAAAUGAUCGUCUACAAGGACUUGAUCAGCGGUGAUGAGAUGAUGACGGACGCAUUCCCGCAGAACCCUGUGGUCGGCAACGACGGCGAGACCGUCGAGGGCAUGUUUGAGGUUGAAUCUUCCACCGCGGUCAAGGGUUCUGACAACGUGGACAUUGGCUGCGGAAACGCGUUCGGCGGCGAAGAGGAGGUCGUCGACGACUCUGUGGAGAAGGUGAACAACGUCAUCGACCCUUUCAAGUACACCGAGGUACCUUUCGGAAGCAAGACUGAGCUCAAGGAUUACCUCAAGGAGUAUGUACGGAGUGUACGUGCUAAGCUGAAGGAGAAGGGAACGCCGCAGCCCGAGAUCAAGGAAUUCAUGGCGCAGGCACCAGGGAUGGUCAAGUUUCUUUUGAGCAAAUUUGCCGACAUGCAGACAUUUGCGGGAGAAUCGAUGACGGCGGAGGGGGGGAUGGCGUUCGGUUACUACAAGGACGGAGCCCACAACCCGACAUUCGCGUACAUCAGCAAGGCCAUGGAGGCAGAGAAGUUCUAACCAUCGGAGGCUGCUGUGGAAUCAAUCGAGUCUAGGGCGAGAAUCAGAAAGGAGACGCCCUUCCGGGGGCGAGUGGGGCGUUCGGCGGGGAGAUCGGACGGAGCGGUCAAAUCCCAAGGACUUCGAACAGGCUCUGCUAGCUCGCGCAUGUGAUGCGAAACGAAAGGGGCCGAUGCCUGUUUGUGGUUGCGUACUGGAUGCAAUUACGAUGUUUGUCAAUGGGACAAGCUUUGGCACUGGGUGUUGGCAUUGCGCAUUGGAUCUCUUGGGAGAUGCGUUCAUGGGAUACCGUUUUAGUACUGCGCCCUGCCCCCGCGUCAACCGCGGCGAGCGAAUGCGUGGCCUGUUGUUCCUGCUGUCGUUUUGAGCAAGCAGCUCAAUCGUUUCCUGCAAAUAACACGUGACGCAUCCUCCUUGGCGCGGCACGCAGUUGAACGACCGCCCCACGUCACUACGGUCUUGUUUAUAGACAGAAAACUCAUAACCUUGCCCACAGUCUUGCUAGAGGCUUGCACGCUUGGCGUCAACGGCGUUGGGCGCUGCGUGUAUUAACUUGUCGCGCACAUUUUCAUCAACGCUCUCGCCAAAAUGGACCAAAAGGACAAGACGUCUCGACGUCCCAAUAUGAACUGUGGUGAUCUUUUUCGCCCCCCCAUAUACAUGGGGCAUAACAACACUCAUAGUUUCUCCAACAAAAUAAUAUGCUCGGUCCGCAUGCGCCUUCUCGCACCGGCUGCUGACCUGAAAGUCGCCCAACCCAGAACGUCUAAAACUGCACCCCCCUCCUGUGUUCGCAACACCUCCACUGUGCGCAACAAACUCGACCUUGUGUCAACCUCAUCACCGUCACCGAGCAUAAUGCCAAUGCGCCCCCCCACUCUCAAAGCGUUUGUGGUUGCAAGAAUCCAGUCUUUUUGGUCUUUUUCCCAGUUAUCCUCCCUGCGGGUGCUUACGUCUCCGGAGCCUCCGGAAUAAGCCUCCCUUUUUCUGUCUCUUCUUAUCUUUCGUUUCGAACCGAUCUCUCCGAUGACCCACUCGUCAGCCCAAUUCCGCCCUGUGGGUACGCGACUGUUGGAAAAAAUGGACGUCCUAUGCAUAGAACGGCUCUGUUCUGUACUCCCGAGGCGGCCCAUCACAGAUCUCACUUGACGAGCGUGAGCGAGAUAAUCGUACACGCCGGGGUAAGGGGGUGAAGUGAGAACGGCAUCGACGACCAAGCUGUUGGAAUUGUGCUCGUCACCGCCAACGGGAGCCUUCGGCUUGAAGCACGCCGCCAAGUUUUCCAAACCGCCACCACCGGCGUUCUCCUUCCCUCCGACUCCGACGUCAACAACCAGAGGUAAAGGGUGGCGAGCAUCCCUACGAAGGAUGACGGGCGUCUGAGGCAGACAAGGCGCGGCACCUGCCGUGGCGGCACUAGCCAAAUUCUUGACCGCAAUCGUGUACUCCCUGCAUAC